UCAGCACUGAAUAGGUAGCAAACUUGUAAUUGAAUCGUUAAUUAUUUGUUUUCUUGUUUGUAAAUAAUUAGGCUUGAUUAUAGGCAAUAGUGCAGGAUCCUGAUGCAGAACUAUCAGUAUAUAUUGUAAUCUUUUCGUUGAUUGAAAUAAUAAGAAGUAUAUUAUUUCUCUUCAUGGUAUCAGAGCAAUAGUCUAGGUAUCAAAAUAAAACACAAAGCCUUCAGCCGACUCCUAUGGCAGACCAAGGAAGCACAGCAGCAGGCGCAAGAUGGGAUCAUCCCAAUCAUCAAUUUUAUCUUCACCAUUCAGACCAACCUGGCGCUGUUCUUGUGCCACAAUCCCUGGUUGAAGACAACUAUAGUACAUGGAGCCAAUCCAUGACUAUGGCUCUGACAGUUAAAAAUAAGAUUGGGUUCAUAGAUGGCUCAAUGAAGGAGCCUGAUGAGAAGAAAUUUGAUGAACAUCAACAAUGGAACCGAUGCAAUAGUCUGGUGAAAACUUGGCUAUUAGGAUCCAUGUCCAAAGAAAUUGCCACAAGCGUCAUCAACUGCAAAGAUGCCAGACAGAUGUGGCUUGACUUACAGGAACGAUUCUCGCAUGUAAAUGUGGUUCAACUAUUUAAUGUUGAGAAUGAAAUUCAUGAUUGUGUGCAGGGAAACAUGUUUGUAGGGUCUUACUUCACAAAGCUAAAGGGCCUAUGGGAUGAACGUGAUGCACUUUGCACUUUUCCAACAUGCACUUGUGGGGCAAUCAAAGAAGUAGUUGCAUAUAUGGAGACACAGAAAACCAUGAAAUUCCUCAUGGGUCUUAAUGAUUCAUAUGUAGGUGUUCGCAGCAACACUCUGUUACAAGAUCCACUACCCACAGUAAACAAAGCAUAUUCACUGGUCAUUCGCCAUGAGAAACAAUUAGAGGUGACAACCGGGAAAAGCCAUGCUCAGCCUGAGGCUGCUGUCUUCGCUGUAAGGAAUUCAAACAAUGAGAUUGAAGCUGAACUGAGAUGCUUCAAGUGUAACAGAACAAACCACACUGCCAAGGAUUGCCGUGCACAUCUCAGAUGCACCUUUUGCCGCUGGAAGGGACAUACAGCAGAAUAUUGUCGCAAAAAGAAAGCAGUGACUGAAGCUGAGUUUAAUGCGACAAUUUCCAAAGGCAACCAAGUGGCAUCACACAAGAAUGAAAGAAAGGAGAUGAGUUUUCCCUUCACAACUGAAGAAUGCAAACAGAUACUCAGCAUGCUAAAGAAUAAAACAACUUCUGCCAAUCAUGUUAGUAACUGCCCAACUCAUGAUGAACUCUCGGGACCUACGUUCGGGGAAGAUGAUUGGGACGGGAAUUGAAAGGGAGGGUCUAUAUUUUCUCGACCAAGCCAAGAAAGGAACAUGCAACCAUGCCCAAACUCUUCAUCCGAACCUUUGGCAUCAACGUCUUGGACAUCCCUCAGCCAAAGUAUCCCAGUUAUUUCCUAAAGUUAAUUCUUGUUCUCACGACAAAUGUUUAAUUUGUCCGUUAGCAAAACAAACAAGACUUCCAUUUUCUUCAAGUUCCAUUACCAGUACAUCUCCAUUUGAUUUAAUCCAUGUUGACAUUUGGGGUGGUUAUAAAGUUGCUUCUAUUUCAGGUGCAAAAUAUUUUCUCACUAUCGUUGAUGAUCACAUUAGAUGCACAUGGAUUUAUCUUAUGAAACACAAAUCAGACACUAAGGAUCUUCUAGUCAACUUCAUCAACAUGGUUGAAAAUCAAUUUGAUUUCAAGGUCAAAAUUAUUCGUAGUGACAAUGGUCUUGAAUUCAAACUCGAAAGCUUUUACGCUAAUAAAGGUAUCAUUCACCAAACUAGUUGCAUUAAUACUCCACAACAAAAUGGUGUUGCCGAACGUAAACAUAGACAUUUGUUAAAUAUGGCACGUGCUUUACUUAUUCAGGCCGGUCUUUCUCAUCAAUUUUGGGGUGAUGCUAUUCUUGCUUCCGCUUUCCUCAUCAAUCGCACACCAACCCCCAUUCUCCACGGAAAGACACCAUAUGAAAAAUUAUUUAACA